UUUUGAGUUUUCUAUAUAUGGCUACUCUUGCAAGUUCAAUGUCAUCAUUAAGGAGUUCGAAAAUGAGGAAAUGGCAAGGAUGUUCGAAGCAAGUUAGACAACAAAGGGCGAGACUUUACAUUAUUUGGAGAUGUACUGUCUUGCUUCUAUGUUGGCACGAUUAAUUAUAAUAAUCGUUGUCAUAGGCUUAAUUUCUAGUUAAGUUUUGUGAUGAA